AUGGACAACAUCAUUGGAAAUUGCGAUUAUGCCAAAACUUUGGAAAUUGGAACGACUGAGUAUCUGUUCACUGGCUUAUUUGUUAUAAGUAUUAUAUACUCCAUUCCAUCUAUAUACAUCACGUUCAAAAUCGUCACAAAAAUACAGGCAAAUAACAAGAGGUUUCCGAGCGUGUUCUACAAACUAUUUCUUCAUGAUCGCUUAGUUACUCUCUUGUUAUUCAUCAUUGAUAUCACUCUUGUGCGGGUUCCUCAAACUGGGCUGGUCACAUCCGUUAUAUGCCGAAUACCUCACGGUUACUAUCUUACUGCGCUGUACGUCAUGUGCUACUAUCUUUUGUACACUGGCCUGUAUUCAUCUAUUGUUAUUUCUAUUGUAAGAGUGGCUGCAGUCUUGUCACCUGUCGAAGCAGACAAGAUUCAAAUUCGGAUUGCGCUAUUUUUGAUUCCUGCCAUGUAUCUACUGCCUUGUGUGACUACUUGGUUCCUUGUUCCGGUUCAUGCAUAUUUCGCUACCAUAUCAAAUUCUGCUUCGCUUGUUAUGGCAUAUAAAAAAGUCUAUCCAGCGUGGAGAAGCAGUCUUGCAUUGCUCUUCGUUACUACUAUCACAUGUUUGAUCGUCCUCUUAUGUUUCAUGGUCACUAUGAUCAGAUGGCGAAUAUUACUUGGAAGAACGACCAAGACAUGGAAUAAGUCGGAAAGGUCGUUGCUCUUGUUGGUCUGUUCAUUAUGUGGUUCAAUCGGCUUGUUUUGCUUACUACAGUUCUUCUUCUACUAUGAGAUUUUCUACGAGAUAUCGUUUCUUCUGCGAGGUUUUCUCCAAGAUAUGAUGGUAUUUAUACCCACUUGGGUAUUCUAUUUCACGCAUCCAUUCUUCUCUAAAAGGGUCGUCGUCAGUAGCUUUACAAUCACGGUAGUACCUGCAUCCAAAUCUUCCAAUAAAUGA